UUCACAUUUCAAGAUACUAUCAACAUUUGCAGACAGCCUCAAAGCAAUAUUUUAGUGUUGCGUAAAUUAACUAUAAUCAGAUACUUUUUGCUAUAUUUCAGAGUUGAUUGUGAAGUUGAAAGGUGCACGCUCAAAGAAUGGCAUAGUUGAAUCAGUUGGACAGAUACUACUUGAAUGGUUACCUAAACUUCGUGGUGUGAUGAGCUACUAUACAAACUUGGGUCGAGCAAAGUCAUUGUAUGAUUACAAGAAACGAACAGACCCUGCUUUUGUUGACUUUCUUGAUAGGUGUCGACUGUCAUCAUUCAGCCAUAGACUUGAAGUAUGGGAUUUUCUUGAUGCUCCUCGAUCAUUACUGAUGAAGUAUCCACUUCUAAUUGGUGAAAUCAUGAACAGGACAUCUGCAGAUCAUCCUGAUCUGUACUAUCUCAAGGCAGCUCGUGAAAGUGUGCAAGAGUUUGUAGAAGAGGUUGAUCAUAAGGCUGGUGAGGCUGAGUGUGAUGAGAUCAAAAAACGGCUAUAUUUUUGUUGCAAUGAUGAUAACAAGAUGUGUCAAGCAGUUGUCGAUUCUCGUCUCUUGAUUUAUUACGGUACUGUGAAGAAUACGAAGGGCUCAAAACUAACCCUUUACUUACUCGACAAAUCCUUGGUUGUGGCAAGGCCAGCGACUAGAAAUGACACUUUAGUGUUCCAAGUCUCCAAAGAGCCUAUACCCGUUAAUCAGCUGCUGGUGGAAGAUGUGAAUGAUGGUGAAGUUCGACAAGGAGGCUCAAUAAGAAAUACACUUAAUCGAACACAAGCCAAACAUGUGUUUAGAGUCAUUCGGCAUCAUGAUGACGAUGUAUGGGAGUCACAAACCUUACUUGCUAACAGCGAGCAUGAUAAGAAAGCAUGGCUUGCUGCUUUAAAGUCUGUUAUGCUCAAAUCACAACCACAUAGCGUAGUUUAGUCAUUACUCAAACAUUAUCACAAAGACAGUCAAAUGUGACAAAAGCAGUAAGCUUCACUCUGUAUAGAGGUAGAUUAAAAUUACAAUUAUAACUACUGU